AAAAAAAAAUGUGUUCUUCUCUUACAAUUCAAAACCCUUUUAAAAAAAUAAAAAUAAAAAUAAAAUUAUUCUCCCUUCCACUCACAUGUGAGGGUUGAUCAAGUGCGCCUCCACCUUACCCAUUAAUGAACUUUUCAAGAAAGACAUGUUAAUAUUAUAUACAGCCUAAAGUUGAAAACUUCAAUUGGCUUGCAAAAGAUUAAAAAUAAAAAUAAAAACCUCCAAAAGGGACAAAGUCAAUCACCCCACCUCCUCUCUCAUUCUCUCUCUCUCUCUCUAUCUCCCCCCAAUGCCUACAAAUGCUGCCACUGAGCAAGGAUAGAAAACCAUAUCAACUCUUGCAUACCCUUCCAAACAUGUCAUCCUCAAAAACAUUCAUGACCUCCUCUUUGUAUGUUCUAACCUUUGCUUUCCUUCUCCAAACUGUCUUUGGAGCUGACCCUCUCUUCCAUUUUUGUUCAAGUUCCGAAAAUUUUACCACUAAUAGUCCUUAUAAAACAAACUUGAACAAGCUCUUGGGUGAUCUCUAUUUCAAAGCACCUCCUACUGGUUUUGGUGUUGGUUCUGUUGGGCAAUACCAAUACAAGGCCAACGGCCUUGCCCUUUGUCGCGGCGAUGUUUCAAACACGGACUGCAAAUCUUGUGUUACAGAGGCAGGUAGCGAAAUUCGCAAACGCUGCCCAUACAACAAAGGAGCUAUCAUAUGGUACGAUUACUGUCUUUUAAAAUACUCAAACGCCAAUUUCUUUGGCAAAAUUGACAAUCAAAACAGGUUCUACAUGUGGAACUUGAAUAAGGUAAGCGAUCCGGAGUCAUUUAACCAAAAAACAAAGAAAUUGUUGAGCCAGCUAUCAGAGAAAGCUUAUGUUACUCCAAAAUUGUAUGCCACCGGAGAGUCAGAGCUCGGAGAUUUCAAGAAACUAUAUGGGUUGGUUCAGUGCACAAGGGAUCUUUCAAGCACUGAUUGUAAGAAGUGUCUUGAUAGUGCAAUAAGUGAACUUCCAAGUUGUUGUGAUGGGAAGGAAGGAGGGAGGGUUGUUAGUGGGAGUUGUAACUUUCGGUAUGAGAUUUAUCCCUUUGUCAAUGCUUGAAGCAUUCAUAUAUCUAGGAAAUUAUAUAUUAAGAGUCCUAUAAGGUUGGGGUUCAGAAAUACUAUAGAUGAAUAAGUGAUGUAGGAACACAUUUAUGUAUCUCAAUUUUGGGACAAUUUAUGGAUUAUAUAUCAUGUAAACCCUCUUUGUUUUUGUUGCAAGUUUUGGCGAACCUUCAAUUAAAUUUGUUGAAUAA